ACAACCCGCAACCCGACCUGUUGUAACCCGCAAUCCGAUCAACCCGAACCCGAUUGAUCUGCAACCCGAUCAACCCGUAACCCGACUGAUCCGCAACCCGAUCAACCCGCAACCCGAUUAACCCGCGACCCGACUGAACCCGACCCGAACCCGCCCGAACCCGCCCGAUUGACACCUAUAAGUUUGAGUGACCAAACAUGUAAUUUAGCCUAUAAAGAUUUUACAAACUAUACAAAUUGAAGCAAAGUGGAUAGUACAUCAAUUAUGUACCUAUCUCAUACAUCAAAUUCGGAUUUAACAUAAGAUGGAGAUCAUAAUAUUUAUUGUGUUCCAGAGAGAGCACCCUGCUGCACCUUCCUCCUCCUCCUCCUUGCGGUAGACGGUAGUGUAGUUCUUUGAGCGAGAUGUAGAUGGUCAAAUUAUUUACGUGGUACAUUAGUUGAAUUAUUUAUCGCCAAUUUAGGUUGGAUCAAAUAUGCAUUUACUAGAGUCCCGCAACGAAAGUCACCCCAGUUGAAGGCAACCAGGAGCUCCCGGCAAUGAAAUUUGCGACCGUAAAUUUGGCAGCUUCCUGGGGGCCCAUCACAUGAAAUCCGGCCCACCUGACCCGGCCCGAGGUGCCUGCACCGGGCCCGCUGUUCGAGAACUCUCCGAAGUAGAGCGUUUUGGAGUACGACCCUUGACCGGGCCACUCGGCCCAACCCUUGGACGAAACGGUGCCGUCGAUGCUGGACUCCAUCACCACCGCCCUCGAGUACUGCUUCCAGGGCCGGCCCAAGUAGCACUCGAAGCCGCCCAGAUCCGGCCCGGCCGAGAUCCGGCUGGCCUGGAGCGAGAACCCGGUCGUCUGGCCCGGGUCCGUCCUGCCGUUGGCGAAGAUGACGACGGAGUUCCCCGGCCGGGGCCGGCGAAGGAGGAGGCUGCAGCUCUGGAAGACGGCGGCGGCGUUGCCGAAGAUGAAGUCGAUGGUGCCGGAGACGUCGCACUCGCGGUAGAACUGGCGGAGGGCGAGGGCGUAGAGGGUGUCCUGGUGCCCGGUGAUGCUGCAGCGGUAGAAGACGGAGCGGUCGGAUGCGGCGUAGAGUGCCACCGCCUGUUCUCCGCCGGGGCCCGCCGUGUUUUGGAAGCCGAUGUCUCUUGCGAUGAAUCCGUCGCCUGUGAUUGCUGGUAAAAGCAGAUGGAUGGAAGCCAAUUAUGAACAAUAAAUUAAUUAUAAUUAUUAAAUUAAUGUGGGAAGUUGGCCCAAUUACAGUUGUUAAACAGUGACUUAACGCUGCCACUAAUUCCCUGGGCUAUUAUUUAUAGGCCCGCCGCCUCCCCCUAUACAAAAUGUAGUUAAAUUAUUUACAAUAUUAUUGUUAAAAUAUCAGAUAAUAAUAGUCAGGCCAGAUAAUUACAAAAAAAAGUGCACAUGUACACCAUGGUUAAAAUAAAAUAGAUUAAAAUUG